GCCAGAUAGCCGUACCCUUUCCGGGCAAUCUGUUUUAGUAGUAUAAUUUGGCAUCUGAGGCUGAAAUUCGAUACCCGGCUAGUUCUCACGCAAGACUGUUGACGUCAUCUAACAACAAAGGUCGAAAUUGAUACCGUGUUUAUAUGUAUCCCCCAGUAUCCACUAAAGAAUUUCCAAUUAGGAGAAGAGGCAGACUCGCCUCCGUCUCACGAGGCCACCACCGUUUCCAAUAUGGUCGAACCAAGCAAAAGCCAGAUGGCGCACUUCCAGGCUAUCCCUUGGGUCGCCGAAGAGCUCUCAGAGCCAGACCUUAUCAUCCGAGAGCCCGCCAGCCGUGUCUUCGAUCCCGACCUCCGAGCAUUCGAGUUUUGGAGCUCCACAUUGCAUAGCUCUACAACAGUCCCCUUCUUUGUUGGCGCCUACCACCUACCACCUGAGUCGGAUACGCAAACCCCGAACGCGGAAGAUGCAGACGAUCGAACAAUCGGCCCGCAAAUCGUCACAAGAGCCCGGUUCUUUCUGAGUUUGGGCCGCGGAGUAAGCACCAUAAAUAAGAAUCUAUGCCAUGGCGGCAUGGUUGCAGCCAUCUUCGACGAAUGUGCUGGGGCCAUCUGCUGGGCUAACAAGGCGCAUGGGUUCUUGGAGUUUCUGCCUCAGGUGACACAGAGUCUCUAUAUAAGCUACCUAAAACCAGUUCCGACCAUGUCGACAAUAGCCGUCACGGCUUUGCUAGAAACGAAAGACGGUAUUAAGCUAGUUGUUGACUUGAUGCUGCAGGACAAGACGGGGACUGUGCUAGCAAAAGCAGAGGCUGUAUUCAUAUCGAUUAAGAAGCGGAAGAAAGGGGGAAAUGAGAAGCUGUAGUUAGUGGAUGAUAUUGGAACGGGGCGGGGCAAUCAGGUCAAGUGUUACUGAUAGACGG